GAAAUACGGGACUGUUAGGACGUCGGUCUUUUUCCGGUGUGGGACCAACGACGUACGGAGCAGUGAGCUGCAACGUCGCAAUAUUACUUUGAGGAAAAAUGACGUUGUUUCAUUUUGGGAACUGUUUUGCUUUGGCAUAUUUCCCAUAUUUCAUUACUUACAAAUGCAGUGGACUAUCAGAGUACAAUGCUUUUUGGAGAUGUGUUCAGGCUGGUGCUACUUAUCUUUUUGUGCAGCUUUGUAAGAUGCUGUUCCUUGCCACGUUUUUCCCCACCUGGGAAGGUGGUGCUGGAAUGUAUGACUUUGUUGGGGAAUUCAUGAAGGCUACUGUGGAUUUGGCUGACCUUCUGGGAAUUCAUUUGGUCAUGUCCAGGAAUGCUGGCAAGGGAGAGUACAAAAUAAUGGUAGCAGCCAUGGGCUGGGCCACUGCAGAACUAGUCAUGUCCCGGUGUAUACCUUUGUGGGUGGGGGCUCGGGGAAUUGAAUUUGACUGGAAGUACAUUCAGAUGAGCUUUGAUUCCAACAUCAGCCUGGUGCACUAUAUUGCCAUGGCAGCAGUGGUGUGGAUGUUUACGAGAUACGACCUGCCAAAAAGCUUUCGCCUGCCUGUGACUGUCCUGUUGGGAUUGUGUGUUUAUAAGACCUUCUUGAUGGAGUUGUUUGUUCAUGUCUUCAUGCUGGGCAGCUGGACGGCGCUCUUGCUGAAGGCUGUGCUCACUGGAGGCAUCUCCCUCUGCUCACUCUUCCUCUUCAUCAGUCUUGUACAUAGUAACUAAGAAGGCCUCUUUUUUGGAUCAUUUAACUAUAUCCUGACUUCUGAAACUCACUUUUUGGUUAAGUUAUUUCCUAGUUUUGUAGCGGUGUGGUCCUUUUAGAAGUGGAGAGCAUUAUGUUGAUUUAAAGAAUGGAAAUAAACUCUUUCAAAACAAAAUAUCCUUUAAAUGUCAGCUGCUUACGUAAAGAAAGCCUCACUGUUCUUAUCUCCUACUGAAUUCACAACGGUGUAACUAAAGAUUCAGUCUGGAUGAAAAGUGCAUGAGUAAGAGCCACGAAUGUGCACAUAUUGUCUACUGUGGUGAUGAAAUUCAACGGACAUUCUUCAUUAGUAGUAAGUAGUCCCUUUUUUUAGAGAGCAGAAUUGUGAGAACUGAACUUAAGUAUCCUGUUAACCUUUACAUCAACUGUAUUACUAUCUUUAUAUUCAGCUAUAGCUACACUGUCUAGUAAUUCACCAAAAUCAUGUGUAGCAGUCAAUAAUGUAAUACUUUUUCCAUUCUUAAUGUAAUACAGCUCGUUAAUUUCAUAAUCGGCCAGCAACGUAAUAACUUUUUGCCGAUAACAUAAUAAGUUUCAUUAUUAAAUGAAAAUGUAAAAUAUUACUGGCCAGUUGUUACAUUAUUAACUUGUAUUACAUUAAGAAUGGAGACAUCAUGUUAUUGCUAUGUUAGUGCAUUAUUGGUAGCUGUUACUUUAUUGGCUGCUACAUAGUGUCAGAACUAUAUUUAGUCACCCUAAGAAUCUAUGCUGUUAAGCUGAUUAAAGAUAUUUGACAACAGUGUACUAUCUAAAAGUUAUACAAAUUUGAGCAUUUUAGUCAUGUCCACUUCUAUCAGUUCAAAAUUACAACAGGGUAAAUAUGUUGGCUUUUUAUAACCGGAACAACUGCCUUUCAGUACAGAAUCUGUAUUUGAUCACAUUGUUUCAUAUUUUAUAUACAUACAUACAUACGUACAUACAAACACACACCCCAAUGUGCCAAAACAUUAUGACCACCCCCUUGUGAAGUGAAUCAUGUUAACUAGCUCAUAAAAAUGUGUGUCAGGGUCUGUAAUAUGUUAGAUGAUAAGCUAACAUACAGUACUUGUCAAUAUGUUAAAUGUAGAAGAAAUUAACCGGGAUAAAGAUCUGAGUGACUUUGACAAGGACUAAAUCGUUAUGGCCAGGUGACUGGAUCAAAGCAUCUCUGAAACAGCAAGACUUGUGGGGUGCUUACGGUCAGCUGUGGUGUGUACCUACAGAGAGUAGUCUGAUGAGGGAAAAGCCACAAACUGCUGAUGGGGUGUUGGGCAGCCAAGACUCGUCGAUCCAAGAUGUGGACAAAAGGUAUCCCGUUUGGUACAAAAGAACAGAACAGUUACUGUCAUGCAAUGGCAGGUAAUUUUGAUGAUGGUUACGAGAGGACUGUAUCACACGGCUGCUGCGUAUGGUAUGCGUAUUUAAAAGAUACGUGGGAUUGUUUUGACAAAAAUUGUUACCAGCACAUACCACUGACAUGUAGAAGUUAUGUGCUGCAUGACAAACAAUAUUAUCAGUAAAGUUACUGAAUGCAUGUAUGGAUUCACUUCAUUCCUUGAAUCAGUGAUGUUUACAAUAAAAUCACUUUUCAAGUGUAA